GCUCGGAUCUCGCGAGAUGUCCCGCAGGGCGCGAAAUCCGCACGGGAGCCGCUGGGUUGGCCGGCCGGGAUGGCGGUGAGAAGAGGCGGCGGCGGCGGCUGGAGGCGCCGGUGGGCUGCGGAGCCCUCGGCGGAAGACGGCGAGAGGGAGACCCCUCGGGAUGAGGGCUCCUCCUCCGUCUCGGCGCUCCGGCGCUUAGAGCGCAGCCAGUGGACGGACAAAAUCGAUGCACUGUUUGGCUUUGAGAGAAUGAAGGAGCCCGCAGAAAGGACAGGGUGGUUGAUCAACAUGCAUCCGACGGAGAUUUUGGAUGAAGAUAAACGCUUGGUUAGUGCUGUGGAUUAUUAUUUCAUUCAGGAGGAUGGAAGUAGAUUUAAGGUGGCUUUGCCCUAUAGACCAUACUUCUACAUCGCAGCCCAAAAGGGUUGUGACCGAGAAGUAUCAUCCUUCCUUUCCAAGAAAUUCCAGGGGAAAAUUGCAAAAUUGGAAAUUGUACCCAAAGAGGAUCUGGACUUGCCCAAUCACCUGGUCGGCCUGAAACGAAAUUAUAUCAAGCUUUCUUUCAACACCGUGGAUGACCUGAUAAAAGUUCGCAGGGAGAUUACCCCUGCGGUCAAGAAGAAUAGAGAACGGGACCAAGCUUUGGAUACUUACACGACCCUGCUGACUAGUGCGCUCACUGGGCACAGUCUGAACCAUGAGGAGGAGCCCUCGAAGAAGACCGCAGACCAGAUGGACAACAUCGUAGAUAUGCGGGAAUAUGACGUGCCCUACCACAUCCGUCUGUCCAUCGAUCUAAAGAUUCAUGUGGCUCACUGGUACAACAUUUACCACCGGGGCAGCAGUUUUCCUCCUGAGAUUAUUCGACGGGAUGACAUGGUGGAACGGCCGGAUCCUGUUGUUCUUGCCUUUGACAUCGAGACUACAAAACUCCCUUUAAAAUUUCCUGACGCAGAAACAGACCAGAUCAUGAUGAUCUCCUACAUGAUUGAUGGCCAGGGCUACUUGAUCACUAACCGGGAGAUUGUCUCGGAAGACAUAGAAGACUUCGAAUUUACUCCCAAACCCGAGUACGAGGGUCCGUUCUGUGUGUUCAACGAACCUGAUGAGGCGCAUCUUAUCCAGCGGUGGUUUGAACACGUUCAAGAAACCAAGCCAACGAUCAUGGUGACCUACAACGGAGACUUUUUUGACUGGCCUUUUGUGGAAGCAAGAGCAGCCGUUCACGGGCUGAACAUGCAGCAGGAGAUUGGCUUCCAAAAGGACAGCCAGGGGGAAUACAAAUCCUCGCAGUGCAUCCACAUGGAUUGUCUUCGGUGGGUGAAGAGAGACAGUUACCUCCCAGUGGGCAGCCACAACUUAAAAGCAGCAGCCAAAGCAAAGUUGGGUUACGAUCCCGUAGAGCUCGACCCUGAAGAGAUGUGUCGGAUGGCGAUUGAAGAGUCUCAGACUUUAGCCACCUAUUCAGUGUCGGAUGCUGUUGCCACCUACUACAUGUACAUGAAGUAUGUGCAUCCUUUCAUCUUCGCCUUGUGCACAAUCAUCCCGAUGGAGCCUGACGAGGUACUCCGGAAAGGCUCGGGAACCUUGUGCGAGGCGCUGCUCAUGGUCCAAGCCUAUCACGCCAACAUUGUCUUCCCCAACAAGCAAGAGCAGGAGUUCAACAAGCUUACAGAGGAUGGGCACGUACUCGACUCGGAGACCUACAUCGGGGGCCACGUGGAGGCCCUGGAGUCUGGCGUCUUUCGCAGCGAUAUCCCCUGCCGCUUUAAAAUGAAUCCGGCUGCCUUCGACUUCCUCCUGCAACGCGUGGAGAAGACACUCCGCCAUGCCAUCGAGGAAGAGGAAGGGAUUCCCUUAGAGCAGGUCACCAAUUUCCAAGAGGUUUGCGAAGAAAUCAAAGUUAAACUGACUUCCCUGAAGGACGUCCCCAACAGAAUCGAAUGCCCUCUCAUUUACCACCUGGAUGUGGGAGCCAUGUAUCCGAACAUCAUCUUGACGAACAGGCUGCAGCCCUCGGCUAUCGUGGACGAAGCAACCUGUGCCGCUUGUGACUUUAACAAGCCCGGGGCCAGCUGUCAACGGAAAAUGACUUGGCAAUGGAGGGGAGAAUUCAUGCCAGCGAGCCGGAGCGAAUUCCACCGCAUCCAGCAACAAUUGGAAUCGGAGAAAUUUCCUGCUCUUUUCCCAGAUGGGCCUCCCCGGGCAUUUCACGAACUGUCCCGAGAAGAUCAAGCCAAAUACGAAAAGAAGCGAUUGGCCGAUUAUUGUCGCAAAGCUUACAAGAAGAUCCACGUGACAAAAGUGGAGGAACGUGUCACUACUAUUUGCCAGCGAGAAAACUCCUUCUACGUAGACACCGUCCGGGCUUUUCGAGACCGUCGCUAUGAGUUUAAAGGAUUACAUAAGGUGUGGAAGAAGAAGCUGGCAGCCGCCACUGAAAUGGCCGACGCCUCUGAGGUGAAGCGUUGCAAGAACAUGGAGAUCUUGUAUGACUCCCUCCAGCUGGCGCACAAGUGCAUCCUCAACUCCUUCUACGGCUACGUCAUGCGCAAAGGGGCCCGCUGGUAUUCUAUGGAAAUGGCUGGUAUUGUCUGCUUCACUGGCGCCAAUAUUAUCACCCAGGCCAGGGAACUGAUCGAGCAGAUCGGGAGACCCUUGGAGCUUGAUACCGAUGGGAUAUGGUGCGUGCUUCCGAACAGCUUUCCAGAGAACUUCGUCAUCAAGUCGACCCAUCCCAAGAAACCCAAGGUGACCGUCUCCUAUCCAGGGGCGAUGCUGAACAUCAUGGUAAAGGAGGGUUUUACAAACAACCAGUACCAGGAGCUGGUGGACCCAGCAUCCCUCAAGUAUGUUUCCCGCUCGGAGAACAGCAUUUUUUUUGAAGUAGAUGGGCCCUAUCUGGCUAUGAUUCUUCCAGCCUCCAAGGAGGAAGGCAAGAAGCUGAAGAAAAGAUACGCUGUGUUCAAUGGAGAUGGUUCCCUGGCUGAGCUGAAGGGCUUUGAGGUGAAGAGACGAGGAGAGCUACAGCUGGUGAAGAUCUUCCAGUCGUCGGUCUUCGAGGCCUUCCUGAACGGCACGACCCUGGAGGAGGUCUACGCUUCGGUGGCCAAAGUAGCCGAUUACUGGCUUGAUGUCCUGUACAGUAAGGCAGCCAACAUGCCCGAUUCCGAGCUGUUUGAGUUGAUCUCAGAGAAUCGAUCGAUGUCUCGGAAGCUGGAGGAUUACGGAGAGCAAAAAUCCACGUCCAUCAGCACAGCCAAGCGCCUGGCUGAGUUCCUUGGGGACCAGAUGGUCAAGGACGCUGGCCUGAGCUGUCGGUUUAUCAUCUCCAAGAAGCCGGAAGGCUCACCAGUUACAGAGAGGGCCAUCCCCCUCGCCAUUUUCCAAGCCGAGCUCUCGGUGCGCAAGCAUUACCUCCGGAAAUGGCUCAAAAGCCCUUCGCUGCAGGAUUUUGAUAUCCGAACGAUCCUAGACUGGGAUUAUUACAUCGAACGACUGGGCAGCACAAUCCAAAAGAUUAUCACUAUUCCGGCAGCACUGCAACAGGUGAAGAAUCCGGUGCCUCGUGUCCGUCACCCUGAUUGGCUGCACAAGAAGCUGCUGGAGAAAAAUGACGUGUACAAGCAGAAAAAAAUCAGUGAGCUCUUUGCCAGCAAAGGCAAAAGACAGGUCUCCAAUAACUUACCCAGGGAGAAUACCCCAAAUAGUCAAGUGGCUGAUAUGGAAGAUUUUGGGGUCACCAAACCUGUGCAGCCAGUGCCCCCCAUAUCAAGCAAGCGUAAACGAACUCCCACCGCAGAGGAGAGCCAGCCGCAGUCCCAAGCUCUGGAGCUCACCCAAUCCUGGAGGGAGAUCCUGGGACCCCCACCGCCCGUUGGCACCACUAAGGAGGAACGGUUGCUCUGGCUGCGCUACCAUAAGAAAAAGUGGGAGCUGCAGGCCCGACAACGCCAGGAGCGCCGGAAGAAGCGGAGGCUGGCCAACGGAGAAGCGGCCCCCGGGGGCGGAGUGAUUCGGGCUGGGCCCUCCGAGGGGCUGAGCAAUUUCCUGCGCAAGACCGCACGGAGUAUCCUUGACAUGCCGUGGCAGAUAGUCCAGAUUGCCAAGACUGGCCAGCCAGGCCUCUUCAAGCUAUGGGCUGUGAUCGGGAGCGAUCUCUACUGCCUCAAACUGAACAUCCCACGUAUCUUCUACGUCAACCAGCGCGUUCCUAAACCUGAAGAGAGCACGGUUUACAAAAAGGUGAAUCGAAUUCUUCCUCGUUCCAGCUUGGCCUUCCACCUGUACGAGUACUCCGUGCCCGAAGACAUGUACCUGGAGCACGUCAACGAGAUCAACGCCAGCCUCUCUGCUCCAGACAUCGAGGGGGUUUACGAGACUCAGGUGCCGUUACUCCUGCGGGCCCUGAUUCACCUAGGCUGUGUCUGCAUGGUGAAUAAGCAUUUGGUAAAGCACCUGAGUGGCCGGGAAGCUGAGACCUUUGACCUGGAGCACCUAGAGAGGCAGUCUCUGGCACAGUUCAGCUACCUGGAGCCAGGGAGUAUCCGGCACAUCUACCUCUAUCAUCACUCCCAGGGCAGCAAGGCGUUGCUUGGCCUCUUCAUCCCCUCCCAACGCAAAGCCUCCAUCUUUGUUCUUGAUACAGUGCGCAGUAACCAGAUGCCAAACCUCAACAACCUGUAUUCUGCUGAACACGCUUCCAUGGUGGAGAAGGUGGGCCGAGAGCUGCUCCCCCCGGACAAGCACCUCUUCGAAGUCCGAGCCGAAACGGACCUCAAGAGCAUCUGCAGAGCGCUCCAGCGCCUCCUGAUGGGCUACAAGGAUGAACGCCGGGGCCCCACCCUUGUCGCUGUGCAGUCUAACUGGGAUUUGAAGCGGCUGACAGGUGCCAUGCCCGUUCUGGAGGAGUUCCCCCUGGUUCCUGUCCACGUGGCGGACGACAUCAACUACAGCAUACUGGACUGGCAGCGCCAUGGUGCUCGCCACUUGAUCCGCCACUACCUCAAGCUGGACAUGUGUCUGUCUCAGGCCUUUGACAUGAGCAGGUAUUACCACCUGCCUGUCGGGAACCUUCCGGAUGACGUCUCCAUCUUCGGCACGGAUCUUUUUUUCUCUCGCCAUCUUCAUCGCCACAAUCACCUCCUUUGGCUCUCGCCCACCUCCCGCCCCGACAUGGGGGGCAAGGAGGCAGACGAUAGCCGUCUGGUCAUGGAGUUCGAUGAAAGGGCCUCCGUGGAGAUCAACCAUCCGGGCUGCUAUUCCACAGUCUGUGUGGAGCUGGACCUCCAGAACCUGGCGGUGAACACCAUCCUGCAGUCCCAUCGCAUCAAUGACAUGGAAGGGGCCUCCAGCCUCUGCAUCAGCUUCGACGUGAUCCAGCAGGCGUCGCUGGAGGACAUGGUCACGGGCAACCAGGCGGCCGGCGUCCCCGCUGGCUACGACGAGGCUGCGCUCUGCUCCAAUACUUUCAGGAUCUUGAAGAGUCUGGUGGUGGGCUGGGUGAAGGAGAUCACGCAGUACCACAACGUCUAUGCUGACAACCAGGUGAUCCACUUCUACCGCUGGCUGCGCUCCCCGACCUCCCUGCUCUACGAUCCUGCCCUGCAUCGAAUGCUCCACGGCAUGAUGAAGAAGCUCUUCCUGCAGUUGGUGGCGGAAUUCAAGCGCCUCGGCUCCGUGGUCAUUUACGCCAAUUUCAACCGUAUCAUCCUGUGCACCAAGAAGCGCCGUAUCGAAGAUGCCCUGGCCUACGUCGAAUACAUCACCCACAGCAUCCAUUCAAAAGAACUCUUCCACUCACUGGCCAUUUCCUUUUCCUGCUGCUGGGAGUUUUUGCUGUGGAUGGACCCCACCAAUUACGGGGGGAUCAAGGGCCAAGUGCCGUCCCGGACCCACUGUGAAGAGGCGAUGAGGAGUAAACAGAGAGCAGAGGUCGCCAACGAUGAAGAAGAGGAGGAGGAGGAGGAGGAGGACCAAGAGGACCAAGAAGGUGCCUCGGGAGAAAACAGUAUAGAGAACCGCCUGGAGAACAACUGGAACAUCAUGCAGUAUUUGCCACAGGCAGCUUCCUGUCAGAAUUAUUUCCUCAUGAUUGUAUCCGCGUACAUCGUGGCUGUUCACCACAGCAUAAAAGAAGAAAUGCAGCGGAACAUUUCCGGAGGUACCCCGGUCAGGAGGCGAGCCAGCAGCCAAGCCUCCCAGGAAGGUGUAGGGGAGACGGGCACCAUGCCAGGCGCCAUCGCUUUCUCGCAGGAGUACGUCUCCAACGAGCUGACCCAAAGCUUUUUCACCAUCACUCAGAAGAUCCAAAAGAAAGUCACCGGUUCUCGCCACACUACAGAGCUCUCCGAAAUGUUUCCGUCCCUGCCUGGCUCACAUCUGAUGCUCAGCAAUCCUGCACUGGAGUUCAUCAAACAUGUCUGCCAGGUGCUGUCGCUGGAUGGCAACAUCGCCAACCAAGUGCAGAAGCUGAAGCGCGACCUCCUGCGUCUCAUCGAUGUCGGGGAAUUCUCCGAGGAGGCCAACUUCCACGACCCCUGCCGCUCCUACGUCCUUCCGGAAGUGAUCUGUAGAAACUGCAACUUCUGCAGGGAUCUGGACCUCUGCAAGGAUCCUGCUCUCUUUCAGGACGAUUCUCUGCUGCCUAGCUGGCUGUGCUCCAAUUGCCAGUCUCGGUACGAUUCCGACGCCAUCGAGAUGGCUCUGGUGGAAGCCCUGCAGAAGAAGCUGAUGGCCUUCACCCUCCAAGACCUGGUGUGCUUGAAAUGCAAAGGUGUUAAGGAUACUCACAUGCCCGUAUACUGCAGGUGUGCUGGGGACUUCGACCUCCUGCUACCCACCAAGAGCUUCCUGGAUCAUCUGAAGGUUUUCCAGGGCAUCGCUCGGCAUUACGGAAUGACCCACUUGCUGGAAAACGUUCAAUGGCUCCUUCAGAUGAAUCCUCAGCUUCUUUCCUGAGAGGAACCCCCUCAAUCCUUUCGGGCAAGAAGCAACAGCCACGGUGCACAAGGUCUCCUUCUCGGCCCGGCUGCGAAAUCCUUAAAGAGAGAACCGCUUGUGUAGGCAGCUGCCUUCGCCCCGGGGUUGUCAACAACAAGGUUGUUCUUCCUUGCGUGGAAACUUCAAGAGGAGUUUUACGACCUUGUGAAGAAGAAGAAGAGACAAUGGUGUCUUUGUUCAGGACGAAGCUGAUCCUUCUCACGAAACUCAGCACAGAAAUGCGAGGAGUGUUUUUCAGGUCCUCCUCGUCCCUUUUUCGCCAACCCGGAACAAACUUUGGAUUAUUUGGGGUGUUUUUUCUGCCCAGAUUUUAUACGCUGUUUUUAUUUCGACUUCGGGUUGCUUUGGUUUUUUUUUUAAACGUUUGCGCUAUAAAGAAUUCUUUCAAACCAACUUUUUGCCAAUAUAUUUAAUAAAUAAAAGUUGACGCCGCCUAAAUCCAAAUGAAUGAAGCAGACAAAAUGUGCAAUAAAAGAAACAAACGGCCGGAUGGCUCCAUGUAAAAUUGACAGCUUUGGAAGGGACUUCGGAGGUCUUCUAGUCCAACCCCCUCCUCCAGCAGGAGACCCUUAUACCCAUUUGGGACAAAUGCCAACCUCCAGUGACGAAGUGCCCACAACUUCCGGAGAUAAGCUGUUCCAUGGAUUAAUUUUUCUCCCUGUUGGGAAAUUUUUCCUUAAUUCUAGGUUGGAUGGCCAGGUUCUUCUUACCAGCUGCUUAGACAGUUGGUUGGGCUGUCCAUAAUGCGCUGAACCCAGCUUGGAUUUAGCCACCAGUGGCUUAGUGGGUAAGAUGCUGAGCUUGUCAAUGGAAAGGUUGGCAGUUCAGCGGUUCGAAUCCCUAGCGCCACGUAAUGGGGUGAGCUCCCGUGACUUGUCCCAGCUUCUGCCAACCUAGCAGUUCGAAAGCAGGUAAAAAAGGCAAGUAGAAAAAUAGGGGCCACCUUUGGUGGGAAGGGAACAGCGUUCCGUGCGCCUUUGGCGUUGAGUCCUGCCGGCCACAUGACCACGGAGAUGUCUUCGGACAGCGCUGGCUCUUUGGCUUUGAAACGGAGAUGAGCACCACCCCCUAGAGUCGGGAACAACUAGCACAUAUGUGCGAGGGGAAACCUUUACCUUUACCUAGCAAAGUUUUGCAGAUUCAACCAUAAUUUCUGACGCUAUCAGUGCAGGGACUGUGGCAUGUUUUAGGGCUGGGGCAUCAAACUCAAGGCCCGUGGGCUGAGAUCCGGCCCGCGGGGUGCUUAAAUCUAGCCCGCAAAGCCGGCCUGCCUGGAAAUAGCAAAGCCUCCUGCAACACUGCUGCCCAAAAUAUCCAUCCCUUCUUCUCCCCCAGCUGGCCCACAGAGGAGAACUACAGUGCUAAUCCGGCCCUUGAAGAAUUCCAUUUUGACUACCCCUGUUUCUAGGGUGCUUUCUUUUAGAGACCCUUCUUCAGCCAUUCGCCGAUAGGGAAUUCCCCCCCCUCCCCCCCCAGGAACGGUGCGACAAGAUGGUGGCAGCACAAAAAAAAAAUACCUACAGGAGCCGUCUAAAUGUUGACUCCAAGUCCCGCAGACCUGGGUCGGAGAGCCCUACGGCUUGGCACAAUUUAAGGGGGCGGGGGGUCCCUCGGUGGUCUCUUGAGCGUGCUUGUUUCCUCGCAGGCGUUUCGUUACCCAAACUAGGUAACUUCAU